AUGACUAAUACCGGUUGUUUAUCCCCAAACGAUUUUUUAUCAAAAGUUCCGGAAUUUUUUAAGACUGCAAAUGAAAAACAUAUAACUGUACGUUUAACAGCCAAAAGACUCAUAGAGCACGAUCCGGUAGAAGGGAAUCUUGAAUUUGAUGCUACCAACAAUCCUGAAUAUGAUGUUUCCAGAAAAGCGCCCGAGAUUUCCGUCAAUUCAAGCUCUGACAAGGAAUACCCAUUGCUAAUCAGAAUGUCCUAUGGCUCACAUGGCAAGAAGGCUAAAUGCUCUACAAUGGUAAAAGCUAAUGAACUAGAUCAAUUUUGGCAAGAAUACUCAUCUGUGUUUAAGGGAGGUAUGCAAGAUUUGAUUAAGAAGAAGAAAAAGAAGAGCAAGGGCAGUGCCAGURGUAAAAAUUCUAAAAGAAGCAAGGUAGGAAAGAAAAAUUGA